AUGGCUAAUUUAAUACGACUGGGCAUAUCUGGUUAUUUUGAAUACUUGCGUUUACUAUUCAGACUAUCAAAACGAUGUCAAAGUCAACGACAAUUGACUGGUGAUGUGGCAGUGGUUACCGGUGCCAACACUGGUAUCGGCAAAGAGACGGCCUAUCAAUUGUCCUUAAGAGGCGCUACUGUUAUUAUCGGGUGUCGUAACAUUGAGAAAGGCGAGGAUGCCGUCAACGAUAUUAAGGGUAGGAACGAGUCGGCAGAUAUUAUACUACUUAAGCUGGAUUUGGCAUCAUUGAAGUCCGUCAGACAGUUUGCCCAAAAUGUUGCCCAACAGGUCAGGAAAGUCGACAUUAUUGUCAAUAAUGCCGGUGUUAUGAUGUGUCCCGAAUGGAAAACUACUGAUGGAUUUGAAAUGCAAUUUGGAACCAAUUAUUUGGGCCAUUUUUUGCUGACCAUGCAUUUGUUGCCACUAUUGAAAAAGUCGGUCUCGGCCCGUGUGAUCAACAUAAGCUCAUUGGCCCAUAUGAUUGGCCGUAUAAACUUUGAAAACAUCAACAUGGUCAAUGGUAGCUACCAGCCCUUCAAGGCCUAUGCUCAGAGCAAACUAGCACUCAUACUGUUUGGCCGUGAACUGGCCAGACGGUUGGGCUCGGAGAGCAAGAUCAAGACCUAUAGUGUACAUCCGGGACAUACAUUCUCUGAGUUGGGUCGUUAUGAUGAUAUGGUAGGCAUGAUCUAUAAGUUGGGCAAAAUUGUGUUUUUGAAUCCCGAAAUGGGUUCUCAAACUACACUGUUUUGUGCAUUAGACGAGACAUUGGAUAACGAAACCGGAUUUUAUUAUGUUAACUGUGCCCGAGUUAAUGGUAUGGUUAGUGCAGCCAAAGAUGAUAUUAGUGGCGAAAAACUAUGGGAUUUGAGCUGCGAUUUAGUUAAUCUCGAGCCACACCUCAGGAUUUAUACUGCAAAGUCUAGUGCCUGGCAGGAGACUGACAAAUAA